AUGUUGUGUGAGAUCCGAUUACGGCGAUGGUCCCGCCAAAGACGAGGCAUUGCUGCGGCAGCGGUCGGAACACUGGUUGCAGCCACACCCCUGCGCGGGAGUUCUGCGUUAGCAGCAGUAGCCAAGAGUGCCACAAGCUUCCAGUGGACCCAGCCCAGCGCGGUCUAUGGGCACCGCUUCAAGCUGAAUGGGCGUUUGCCAGAGGGGCUGAGGUAUUGCCCAGAAUUCAUCACGGAGAGUGAGGAGAAAGAGCUUGACGAGUUGCUGUCCUCGGGUCCGUGGUUGAGACACAUCAAGAGUCGGGCUCAGCAGUUUUUCGGCCUGGUCUACUACCAGACCACCCAGGAACUCCCGGCCCUGCAGCCUUCAGAGACCUCGGCAGAGCGAGAGGCCCGACCCAUGGAGGAGCUGCCCACUUGGCUCAUGCAGCGAGUGCUAGCUACCGGCGCCUUCCCACGAGAGGGCGAAAUCAAUCAGGUGGCUGCCAACGAAUACUUGGAGAGAGCAGGCAUCUCAUCGCACGUGGAGGAGCCCACAGCUUUCGGAGCAAACCUCGGGACGCUGUCGAUGCUCUCCCCGGUGCAGAUGACACUGACGCCUGCAGAAGAGGACCUGCACGGCCGCGAUGGCCUGGAUCACGGGAACUGGGUCAAGAUACUCUUGGAACCGAGAAGUCUUCUUUUGCUUCAAGGCGAAAGCCGUUACGAAUACCGGCAUGGCAUUCGCCGAUCGAAGCUUGUGCAGCUUGCCGACGGAAAAGUCUUUCGACGGGAAGAAGAUUACCGCCGCGUCUCCCUCACAUUCCGGGAGCUGCUGCAGAGCCGAA